CUCCUCUUUACCAGGUGAUGACAGGAGGGGGAGAGAAAGAGAGAGAGAGAAAAAAAGAAUCGCUCCUGAUUAAAACAGAAUUAUUCUCAAAAACUCUAAAGUCGGGAUCAAUGCACGAUGGAGACGCGUCUCGGUUGCUGCUUUUUUAUCUUUUUUCUCUCUGAGUGGAUUUGUCUGUUGUCAUUAACUUCAGUGCUGGGCGGAACAAAGGCGGAGGUAAGGUGCAUUCGCCAGUGCCAGCAGCCGCUUGUGGUGGCGGUACCCCGGGAAAGAGGGCCCCCGGACCGGGCGGAUUCCGACGCAGCUCCCGGUGAAGAAUUCGUCGGAUUUGUUGAGGAGUCGUUCAGCGCCAGCGGAGAGGAAAAAGACGGCGCUGCGGAAUCAGUCGCGAGUGAAGAAAGUUCAUUCAAACUACAGCCGCGGCCGGGGGAGAAUGAGACAAGUGGUCCGCAGGGAGACGGGGACCAUCAGAAACUUUCCCACCCUCCUCCGAGCGCCUCUGGCCCCUUUCCUAAUAACGCGAGUGAAGAGAGAGAUAACAGCUUCAACUCGACCGGGGACACGGUCGCUUGGAGAGUGCGAAGGAGCGCAGAGACCCGGUCAGGUUUCCGGGACGAGGGUGUGGAGGAUGCUUCGUUUUCGGACCAGGAGGAGUUCGAGCUCUCAAGUUCAACAUUUGCCCUGGCCGGGGACACAGCUCACAACCAGGCGAUGGUGCGCUGGUCCGGACAAAACAGCAGCGUGAUACUCAUGUUGACGAAAUACUACGACUUCAACUCUGGCAGAGUAACAGAGAGUUCUUUGUGGAGGUCAACCGAUUAUGGGACCACGUAUGAAAAACUUAAUGAGAAAGUGGGGACCAAGAGCAUACUGAGCUACCUGUAUGUGAGUCCAAACAACAAAAGGAAGAUCAUGUUACUAACUGACCCAGAGGUGGAGAGCAGCCUGCUCAUUAGCCUUGACGAGGGGGCGUCCUAUCAGAAACACAGCUUAGGCUUUGAUAUUCUCAGCUUGCUUUUCCACCCGGAGCAAGAAGACUGGAUUCUGGCUUACAGCCAUGACCAAAAGCUCUAUGUCUCCGUUGAGUUUGGGAAGAGAUGGCAGCUUGUGCACGACAACGUCGUUCCCAACAGAUUCUACUGGUCUAGACUGGGUUUGGACAAAGACCAAGGGAUGAUUCACCUCGAGAUCACCAUCUCAGAUGGACGGUCGCAGUACAUAACUUGCAAACUUCAGAACUGCUCAGACGGAAACAAGGGCAAACCUUUCCCUGGAUUUAUAAUCCCAAACUCCCUGGUGGUGCAGGAUGAAUACGUUUUCAUCCAGGUGUCAGUCAGUGGCCAGGCUGUCCAUUAUGUGUCAUAUAAAAGACAUGCCUUUUACCCAAUGAAGCUUCCCAAAUACACCCUCCCUAAGGACCUGCAGAUAAUCAGCACAGACGAAAACCAGGUGGUGGCAGCGAUUCAGGACUGGCAUCAGAAUGAGUCGUACAACCUCUACAUGUCUGACUACAGGGGACUGUUCUUCACUCUGAUGCUGGAGGAUGUUGUUAGCACCGGUGGUCCAGAGGACAAUGUUAUGAUAGACCUCUAUGAGGUUGCCGGGAUUAAAGGAGUUUUCCUGUCAAAUAAAGUUGUUGAGAACCAAGUGAAAACUUAUAUCACGUACAACAAGGGCAGAGACUGGCGUCUUCUUCAGGCUCCAACAACCGAUCUCCAGGGAAACAAGGUCUAUUGUGAGCAACCAUACUGCUCUUUGCAUCUUCACCUUCAUGUCUCAGAGAACCCUUACGCCUCAGGAAACAUUGUCAGCAAAGACACGGCUCCAGGGGUUAUAAUAGCAUCAGGUGUGGUUGGUCCAGAAUUAAGCAAUGUGAAUGUCAGUAUCUUCAUCACAUCUGAUGCUGGAAAUACCUGGAGAGAGGUUUUUCAGGAAGAGUACAGCGUGUUUUUCCUGAAUCAAGGAGGAUCUCUAGUGGCCAUCCGACAUACACCUCUGCCAAUUAGACACAUUUGGCUGAGUUUUGAUGAGGGCAGAAACUGGGACAAAUAUAGCUUCACCUCCUCUCCACUCUAUGUUGAUGGGGUGCUGGGGGAGCCUGGAGAGGACAUCCUCAUAAUGACGAUAUUUGGUCAUUUCAGCCAUCGAUCUGAAUGGCAACUUCUCAAGAUUGACUUCAGGCCUAUAUUUGAAAAACGGUGCACAUCUGAGGACUACGUGACAUGGCAGUUACACAAUGAGGGGGAAGUGUGCAUCAUGGGAAUGAAGAGAAUCUUCCAAAAACUGAGAGCAAACGUUCGAUGUGUCAAGGCCAGAGAUCAGUAUAUUUCUCAGAUGUCAGACUCCUGCGCAUGCACAGAGGCAGAUUUUGAGUGUGACUAUGGGUUUGAGAGGCAAGUCGAUGGGAGCUGCACUUCAGCUUUUUGGUUCGUUCCUUCAGCAUCAACUCGAGACUGUAUUACGGGGGACAGCUUCUUCAACACGACAGGAUAUCGCAAGGCUUUGUCGAACAACUGCACUGAGGGAAGUCUGUUGAAGUACAGCCCGAGGCAACAAAAGUGUCCCAGCCAGGCUCCCAGGGGCCUCCAGCUCUUCACCAGCGAGGGAACAUUUGUAGCAAUGCUGGGAAGGAAUGUUACUUUCUUGGUCUUUCUGGAAGAGGGUCUUAGCUCAAUGACAAGUAUAACAGUGGACUUUGGUGAUGGAACUGCCAUAUCUUACGUUAACAUCAGCUCCAUCGAUGAUGGGGUCAAGCACAUCUACAAUAAAGUUGGAAUCUAUCAAGUUUCAGCCACAGCAAGUAACCAUCUCGGCUUUGACAGGGUCUUCCUCUACCUCCACGUGUCUUGUCACCUCGAGCAGGUGCAACUUUCAGCUCCUUUGGUGGUCAUUAAGGACAAAGCAGUGAAUUUCACAACAACACUUCGCCCAAGUAGUGUGGGAACUGUCACAUAUUUCUGGUGGUUUGACAAUAAGACAGAGCCAGUUGUGACCCUUGAUGGAGCAAUCACCUUCACUUUCUCCAAAGAGGGAAGUCACAUCGUUACUGUUCAGGCUUUGGCUGGUAAUAUUGUCCACCAGGACCAAAUCAGAGUGGCAGUUUAUGAUUAUUUCAGGUCACAUCCUUUGGUUUUUUCCUCUAAUCUGGAUGAGAUGAACCCAGGGGUAUCGGAGUGGCGAGAAGACAUUGGCAGAGUUGUGAAGACCUGCAUAGUUCAGGUCACAGGGAUUAAUGAGGACCAACUCCUGGUCAAGCUGUUCCCAGGUUUACCAACUACAGCUGAGGUCUUCAUUGUACCAGAAAGGAGGUCAAGAGACAGAGGCAUGAAUGAAAAGUGGGCACAUCUGGAUCAGCUUUCUCAGGUUCUGCUGAGUGCUCUAAACCAGGAUCUCAUCGAGUUUACAAUCAAACCUGGACUGCAGGUGAAUGUGUAUGCCACACGGCUGUCUCCAGCUCCUCUUGUGGACGGCAGUGACAGUGGGCACAGUGGCACUGCAGUCAUCAUGCUGGUGUCAGUGGUGCUGAUGGGAUUGGCUAUCUUUGUGAUAUAUAAAUUUAAAAGAAAGAUCCCAGGCAUGAACACAUACGCCACAGAGAAGCCUGACAAAGAACAAGAGGUCAUCCCUGCGGUGACCUCCAUAGCUGUCCCAAACCCUGAGGGGGAUGAGCUGACCUCACUGGACCAUGUGGAUAUACAACUGGACUCAAAAAGCAGAGGCUACCUGCCAUCUCACACAGACAUCAAGCUCUCUGAUGAAGCGCCCCAUGUGUUUUAAUGUUGGAAGUCUAUGACCGACUCGAAAGCAAUACAUCUUCUUUGGCAGUUACUUCCAGCAAGCUAGGAAGCUGCGGUCACAAUGAAUGGUCUCGAGUCUUUUGCUACCCAUGCAUGGAUGGACCAGUUCACACUGUGCUGCCUAAAUCCCUCCAAGGAGACUGUACAGAUUUAUACUUGCCUCUUGAAAAGGAACAGUUUUUGACUGAAAUACUUGUAUUUUUGCAAGGACAUUGAUCUUUUUAUGUAAAUACUGUACAUCCAUAAUGGAAGAAGCGAAAGUUAUUUGUCUCAGCUGGUUAUAGCUGCAACUGCUCAAAUAUGAAAACAUCAAACAGUGGUAUGACAGCAGAGUGUAAUAUAUAUAUAUAUAUAGAAUUUUCUAUACAUAUAUAGAAAAUCUUUCAUUUUUUUCUGAUUACCGGACAUGAGUUUGUGAAGUUUACUUUAUUUUUUUUUUUUGCACGGACUUAUCAGAGUAAGACAGUGAGGGAACCAGAUUCAUUAAGCUCUCUGUAAUCAGUAAAUCUUAUCACCAGAUUCUCAUCCAAUGAAAACUCGCAAUAUCCAGGAGAUGAUGGAGGGCUCCCAGCCCCGGAUCUGUGUAUUCCAUCAAGCCUGUCUCUCCGCAGCUCACAAUGUUAUAUAUGUCAUAGCGGAGAGAAAAACAAAAAAACAAAAACACAACAGAAGAUUGUAGCAGAUAGGUACGCACAGAAGAUGACAUUCUCUGAAAUCCCUGUUGUUUAGGAGACACAAAUAAGUCAUUUUAGAAACAAUGAAACAUCAUGGAUCUGAAACAAACUGAACUAAAAUAUUCAAAUGAUUUUACCCCCAAAAGAAAUGCUUCAUUCAAUUCUCACAGUCACACCUAGUGUAAAUUUCCUCUUCGUUGGUUUGUGUAUUUCUUGUACUUUCUGGUUUGUACUGAGAGCAAUAUGUAAAUGUAUUGACUCGUUCCAAGUGUGGAAUAAUUACAUGAACUAAGAAGAAGUUGUUUGUGUAUAAUUAGUAAUAAGAUCAAGGUUUAUUUGCUUUAAAAAAUUCCUUGGCACACUUACAAAAUCUUUUCUUUGAACUGAGAUUACUGUGAAGGUUGGUGGUGUCUUUUCAACAUUUGCCCUACAUUUUUUUUCUCUUCUUUUCUUGUUUAGUUUUGUUUUGCUUAAAGCCCUUUUUAUUUAUUCUGGACUGAUUCUCCGCCAUCUCCCAAGAUUCCAGAAAUGCAAAGGGGCCCGCAAUGUGUUCUAGGUUUGCCCCCAAGGUCUCGGCGGACAAAAGGCUGCAGAUUUGUUCAUCUCCUGCGCUGCGAGGGACACUGAGAUAGAGAAGACAUAUCUCCUGUCAACGCAGCUCAGCCCACGCACACGGCUUCGGUCAGCCGCUGUCUCUUUGGGAUAUGUACCGAGGUCCUUCUUCAUCAAACUUUCUUUUUAAGUGUUGUCAGCAUCAUAUGUCAGUAAGACAAAUUGACUGGAGGCUUCUCCAUACUUCUUCCUAGCAAUCCCCUGAUUGAGCCAGAAGCAUAAAUAAACUCAAGCUCAGAAGAACUCUUCGUGCAGCUGUUCAAAGAUCUUUCUUUUUUUUUUUUAAAGUUAUUAUGUGAAAUUAAUCAUCUUUCAGUCCUGGUUAUUAAGCUGUGAAUACAACCGUGAACAGAUUUGCAUGAUGUUUUUGUUUCCUUUUGAUCUGCUUAAAAUAUGUCUAACCUUGGAAAAAAUGUAUUUCAGUAAUUUGUUGUUUUGUUUUUUUCUCUUUUCCAGAGGCUAGACAACUCAUACAUUACAAGUGAAGUGAUUAUUCAGUGGGUUGUUAGUGUUUUUUUGUUUGAUCUUGCAGAGGUAACCAUGGUUGCAGAAUAAAGAAGAGACACAACAGCACUGCAGUGUGGCUGGUUGCUGAAUUAAACAGAAACACUGUU